GCUUCUUCUGCGAGCGCAUGGAAGUUGGCGAGGAGCGGUGCCCGCAGUGCAAGGACGCACGGAGCUGGUCCACGCUCUCUGCCACCUUCAGUAUGAGCUUUAAUGCCGAAGUGGCCGGCGAGCCGACGCAGGUGGAGUUCGCAAUCGAAGCAAGGGCCCUGCCUUUCAUCAGCAUCAGCUCUGACGAGAAGAUUUAUAGCGAGCUGGGGAAGAUCAUUACGCAUAGCAAUGCUGUUGAAGAUGCACGGCUUGUGGAUGGUGCAGAAACUGUCUCGGAGGGUGAAGAUGCAGCAGUCGAAAUGGACAUCUUUGCAGAUGGCAGUCUAGUCGAGUGA